AUGUUCUUUGUUAUUUUAAUAAUAACUGCAUUUGCAGUACCAUUAACUAAAAAACAAGAAAAGGAAGUAAGCUCUAUUAUUGCAGAGAUUGGAGAUAAGUUAUCGGUUGUUGGAGAUUCAAUUAAAAAUCAUAGUAAUGAGAUUGAUCUUAUUUUAAAUAAAGUUAGAGAAGGAUCAAAUUUUGAUGGUGCCGCUCAAAAAUUAGAAAUUUUAAAGAAUGAAGUUUUUAAUUUGAUUAGAGAAAAAGGAUAUACAAAGGAAAUUCCAGUUGGAGAUAAGGCAUUAAAUCUUGAAAAACUUUAUGAUCAAAUUGAAAUGAAAAAAACAAAAGUUACAAAAAAAAAUUGUAAAAAAGAUUCACCUAAAGUUAAAGAAGCAAAAAAAGAAGUUAAAGCCGCAAUGAAACGUGUAAAUAAAUCACCAGAAGAAUUUAAAUUAAAAGAAGAUGGUCCACAUGUACAUACUGCAAAACCAAUUGGAUAUGUAAGUAAAAAAAAUAACAAAAAAGAAGUAAAGAAAGAACCUAAAAAAGAAGUCAAAACAACAACAAAAAAAGAAACAAAGAAAGGAGCUGUUAAAAAAGAAGAUGUCAAAAAAGAAGUUAAAAAAGAAAAUUUGAAGAAAGAAGUAAAGAAAGAUUUAAAGAAAGAAGUCAAAAAGGAUUUAAAAAAAGAUGUUAAAAAAGAAAUAAAGAAAGAAAUUAAAAAAGAAAUAAAGAAAGAAGAAAAGAAAAUCCCUUCAAAAAAACAAAUCAAAGAGAAUCAAUUAGAAUCUACAAUCGACUUAAUGAGACAAAUCCCUCAAGUACCAGUACCUCCAAUGAUGUAUCAACCUAUACUACCAAUUUAUAUACCACCAAUAAGGUUUAUUCCAAAUCCUUAUUAUUAUUAUAGAAGACCUUAUUAUUAUUAUAGAAGACCUUAUUAUAGAUUAAGUCCUUAUGUCCGUGGGUUAUAUUUAAAUCCUGAUAUGUUUGGCACUUUCAAAAACAAUGACCCAUAUUUGAAAAAAAAUUUACCACCAAUGCCUAGCUUUGGUUAUUAA